AUGGGCGACUCGGCAGAAAAGCUUCUCGCGGACUUGGAGCAAAGUAAGACCCUACCAUUAUGGGCGCAAAUGAGCCGAUUGAAUCCUCCGGAGCCUAAUCCUCAUUGUAUUCCAUUUGUGUGGGAAUACGAGAAGAUACGUCCCAACUUGCUGCGGGCAGGUAAUCUCAUUACAGAAAAACAGGCUGAGAGAAGGGUUUUGAUGCUGGUGAAUCCUGCUAGAGAUGCCCCCUACACAACAGACACCCUCUACGCCGGCCUGCAGCUAGUGAUGCCCAACGAAACUGCCCCAGCACACAGACACACAGCCUUCGCAAUGCGCUACAUCAUCGAGGGCCAAGGCGGCUUCACAGCCGUGCACGGUAGAAGGAUCCAAAUGCAAAAGGGAGACGUAAUCCUCACACCGACCUGGAACUAUCAUGAUCACGGUAAAGAUGGUUCAGGGCCCAUGAUUUGGUUGGAUGGUCUGGAUUUGCCGAAUUUCAGACAUUUUCCGGUUCAUUUUGUGGAACAUUUUGAUCAAUUAAGGUAUCCGGCGGAGAAUAUAGAUACGAACUCGUCGCCUAUUGUAUUUCCUUGGGUGCAGAUGAAGGCGCGGCUAGAUACAGAGCCGGGGGAUUGGGCGGUGCAGCGAUAUCUGAAGGCAGAUGGACGGGAAGUGAGCCGCGUACUCGGCGGCGCCGCAGAACGAUUGAACGCCGGAAGUUCCAGCCCUUCACGUCGAGAGACAUUGUCUUCUGUCUACCAUGUAAUCUCAGGAAGCGGUUACUCCACAGUUGGAGACUCUAAGCUGAAAUGGAAGAAGGGGGAUACUUUCGCUAUACCAUCGUGGUAUAAAUACCAGCAUUUUGCGAGCCCAGGAGAGACGGUUUAUUUGUAUCGGUUCGAUGAUAAGCCUAUGAUUACCUCUCUGGGCUUCUUUCGUGAGGAGGGCAUGGAUGUCGAAAAGCUUGUUUCGGACUAA